CUUUUAGUCUUUUAAGCUAAAAAAUCUGUUUGAAGGUUUCACUUUACAAUUCACCUCCAUAGAAAAGGAGGAAAUUUAGCAGAAAACCUCAAAUUCUAAAACUGGUGAUUCUUUGUUCUUUGAAUUGGACAGCACUGGAUGAACUGGUGAUUUACACAGGCUACUGGUUUUGUAAACUGGUGCAGGCUGCUGCUGGUUCUCAGGUUAGUCAGAGUUAUGUCGCGGUGUUGUUUGAUAAGCUGCUCGGCAGACACAGACCUCCGACCUCGGAGCUGAAGCUGAAUCAGGAAGAGGCGGAGCAGGAUGUGAGCUUGAAACUUGCUGUGGGAAACAAACUCGGUGCAGAGACAAAACAAACUUCUGAUUCAAAGACACAAACUGUUCAUACAUGACGACUGACACAUGAAACAGGUUCAGAUCUUUCCUGCCAGGAUGCUUCAAGAACUGAAGCAAUAAAACUUUCUUUCGACUUCACCUCUUCUGUUGUGACGCACUUGUUUCUGCUCGACCCCGCAGUGCAGCGCACCAAACGUCACAAUGACACAACUUCCUGUAAACCAACGUUACUGAUCCAACUGCUUUUUAAGCCUAAAUUUUAAUCUCAUGACAGACUGAGACAUUUAGAAAAAGCUAAGAGUCAGAUCAAGAACCCGGAAAUGUUUGCUGUAAUUACGUCACUCUGCUCCACUUUGAUGUUUGCCGUGUUCGUCUCUGCAGACCAGGAAAUCAUCACAGCUGAGUCUGGACAGAACGUCACUCUGACAUGUCGAGCUUCAAACAACAUUAUAGCAGUAAACUGGAGCAGAGCUGACCUGGGAACAAAAUAUGUCCUUUUUUACCGGGAUGAGCGUUUUUUUCCAGACGACCAGCAUCCAUCUUUCAAGAACCGGGUGGAUCUGCAGGACAGACAGAUGAAAGAUGGAGACGUGUCUCUGAUUCUGAAGAAUGUGACGAUUAAUGACACUGGAACAUACGAGUGUCGUGUUGCCCAAAAAGAACCAAACCAAGAGAGACCCAGUUUGAAGCUCAUCAGCAGCAUCUACCUUCAUGUUGUUCCUCCAGGUCAGACAAGAGGAUCUGUUGGACUGAUCGUCGGUCUGUCAUUUCUUGCUGUGCUUCUUGUUGCUGGUGUUGCUGGAUUUUUGGUCUGUAGAAAACAUAAACAACCGUAGAGUCAGGAUCCGUAACAGCCUCCUGCUGAACUGCAGUUUGAAAUGUGAGUUCUUUACAGCUGAACUCCUGGAGUCUGAGUCUCCUGAUGAGCCAGACUUCAUUUAUUGUUAUUAAACAUUCAGAAGAUGAUCUGAGGACAGACACUAGUCGUCUGUCGGUGAUUUGAAGUUACUGUUUUUGUUUGUUUGUUUGCUUUGUGUGCAUCAGUAUUAGUUAUUAGUUUGUUUUAGUUUCCAGGUUAGUCGCUCAUCUCAGUGGAAGAGUUUAUGUCCUUAAACAGUGUUAUUUACACUUUUGCCUUAUUUCUAUGUGGAACAUUCAGGACUUCCUCAUUCAAACAAAGAAAGUUUGUUCACAGUGAUGAGUUCAGUGUUGUCUCUGUCACAAUAUCAGAAUCAGUGAGUUUGUUUCAUCUUCAGGUUCAGCUGUUUGUAAGGUCAGACUCACAGACUGAUCCUCAUGUUUAGAUGUUACACAAUAAUUACAGACACUGACUGACAACACAAACACAACACAAAGUGCUCAGGGUCCAUUUAUCAGCCAGAACUGAGUGACUGAAUAAUCUGAUAUUAUUAUGAAACCAAAGAGAAAUGUGUUACAUGGAGCUGCAGAGUCACAUGUUUCCUCCUCUGAUCUAUGAAGCCUUAACUUGUUCCUUCAAGAAGGAGACUCUUCAGUUUAAACACGUCAAGAUUAUUUUUUAUUUACGAUUUAUAUCAGUUUGUUUAUCGAAAAAGUUUAAACGUGUUACUCUUGAAUGUUUUUCUUUGCUUCCUGUAAACAUUUCCUGACCUCCUGUUUAAAUGUGUGCAGAUUUGAUCUUGAAUGUAACAAUGUGAACAUUUAUAUACUAGAGAUGGACCGAUCCGAUAUUAGGUAUCGGUCCGAUACUGACGUAAAUUACUGGAUCGGAUA